CGCCUCGGUCGUCCCGCCCCGACGAGAUGGAGUCGCUCCGCGUCCAGCGGCUGCAGCCGGGCGUCGGCGGUGCGCUGCGCUCGCUGCGGCCCGGGGUGACGGCGGGGGCGCCUCCCUCGGCCGCCUCGGCGCCGCCCCUCCCGCCGCCCCCGCCGCCGCUGGGACUGACGCUCGCCUUGGGGCCGCCGCCGCCUCCGCCGCUCCCGCCGCCGCUGUUGCCGGGCGUGACGGCAGGGGCGGCCGCCAGCCCCCCGGGAGCCGCCGCGGGGCCGCCCGCCGUGCUGAGGGAGGCUGUCGAGGCCGUGGUCCGGAGCUUCGCUAAGCACACGCAGGGAUACGGCCGCGUCAAUGUUGUCGAAGCACUUCAGGAAUUCUGGCAGAUGAAGCAAUCGCGUGGUGCUGAUCUGAAAAAUGGUGCCCUGGUGGUUUAUGAGAUGGUCCCAUCCAACAGUCCUCCUUACAUUUGCUAUGUCACGUUGCCAGGGGGAAGCUGCUUUGGGAGUUUUCAGUUUUGUCCAACAAAAGCUGAAGCCAGGAGAAGUGCUGCAAAAAUUGCACUGAUGAAUUCAGUCUUCAAUGAGCAUCCAUCCCGGAGAAUCACAGAUGAGUUUAUUGAGAAAAGUGUCUUGGAGGCUUUGGCAUCUUUCAAUGGCAACAGAGAGGAAGCAGAUAACCCAAGCACAGGCAUUGGUGCUUUCCGCUUCAUGUUGGAGUCCAACAAAGGGAAGUCUAUGCUAGAGUUCCAGGAGCUGAUGACAGUUUUCCAGCUGCUACAUUGGAAUGGCAGCCUUAAAGCCAUGCGAGAGCGGCAGUGUUCACGACAGGAGGUGCUGGCACACUACUCCCAUCGGGCUCUGGAUGACGACAUACGGAACCAGAUGGCAACAGACUGGGUCAGUCGGGAGCAGAACGUCCCGGGGGCCCUUUCCAGGGAGCUGGCCUCAACGGAGCGUGAACUGGACGAAGCUCGGUUAGCUGGAAAGGAGCUGAGAUUUCACAAGGAGAAGAAAGACAUCCUGAUGUUGGCGGCUGGCCAGUUAGGAAACAUGCAUUCUUCCAACUGCUAGGAACCACAAAUUCUUUCUCUUUCCUUUCCCUACUCCCUCUUCCUACAACAGUUUGCUAAAGGAGUUGAAAGGGUUAUUACAAAUAUGAAGAAGCCCAAUAUUCUACCAGACUUUCCUAAUUUAAUUAUGCAACAUGAUGUUUGUGUUUAGUGUAGAAUUUGGUGAUAAUAAUUUUAAUUGCCUUACAUUUUGGUUUUAAGUAUAAGGUAUCCUCCAAUUAGAGAAGGAAAACCUGAAUUUAAACAUUUUGAAAAAUGUUGAGUUCAAUUCUAAUCACCUGAACUGUGUCAUUAAAGUGUGUGUACAGAUGCCUCAUUUUCCAAGAACAGGGCCAGUUGCACUUUUUAAAAAAAUUGUUAAAAAAUUCUGUAUAGAUUUUAUACUUGGACCUCCUUAAUUAUCUUUUUCUCUCUGCUAAAUAACUUAUCGUAGUGCAAACUUAUAAUGCAGCCUUUUUGGAUAAAUAGAUUUUUACUCAAAUCUUGAUUCUAUCCAGGUAUUGCACAGUCAGCGGCAUUAAGUAGAAAAGUAGCAUUGCCAGAAGAAUGCCAGUUUUUGCUGUUAGGGUAUAAUGCAUAGAUAUAUGUUACGCAAAUGUGUACCUGCAGUUUAAGUAGUUUGAUAUACACUAUCUUCUCUUACCACCUAUAAGCACAGCACUUAAAACACCAUCUUUCAGUUAUUGUCCAACUGCCACUAUGAUUCUGUUUUAGCUGAAUAAUGCUGCUUCUUGAGUAGCAAUUGUAAUCGGUUCUUUCAACAUAUGCAGUUGGUAACAACAACACCCCCUUUCUUGGCAGGAAAAUGUCCCUUGCUGACUCAAGCUAGCUAAAGAUUCAUUUCAAUAUACUUAUUUAAUAUCAGGGCUUAGGUGGGUAUCUUAUGGGGUUUUCCCUCAGGUAAGUUGAUAAAGGAUUAUAGCCUUUUUCUUAGGUGCCUAAAAUAGCAUAGAUUCUCCAUAACACUAAUGUAGAUGAAACAGGGAUGAACUUUAACCAGUUCAUUGAUUGUGAACACAGAACUGGGAGCUUGUGAUUAGAGCUAAAUACGUGGCACAAUGUUUUGUGUACACUGGCUAGGUUCUUAAAAUGGUGUAGGGAAAAGAAUAAGUAGUUAAUAGCUCCAAACUUUACAUAGGUUUGCUUAAAGGACAAAUACCUACAGUAUAUUUAAAAGCACAGUUGGAGGAUUGUAGAGUUUGGAUUGUUUUUGAAUGAUGGAGGAAUAUCAGAUACGUUUUACCUUUAUGUUUCUUGAUUCAGGAGGGCUGCAGCCUUUACAUAUUGAAAAUAUUUCAGAAGAGAGCUCUUCUAACCUUGAGUUUGAUAUUAAAUAUGAAAAAAAUUGGUGGGUAGGGGGAAUAAGAUGAAGUAAGUCCAUUUCUGUAAUUUUCACACUGCUUUGUUUGUUGAUUCCCAAGUGUAGGGAUUUGUUGUGCUUCUAAUCGGGAGUUUAAAAAGUGCUUCAGACUCAGCAGUGUCUCCACAGCACAAACACAUGUUUUUCUGAGAUUACACAGCUGAUACAGGAGUUCAAGAAAUGGCGCAGCUUCUCUACGGGCACCAGUGUGUGUAGGGUGCAUAUCUGUGCCCAAUUCAAAGCACCUCACAAUGCACUAUGGAGCUAAACAGAUGAGAUAAAAUAGACAGCUUCUUCUGCAUACAUAUACUUUUUCUUGCAACAGUUUAGGGAUGGUAGCAGGAGCAAGAGAUGAAGGGUGAUAGAGAAUGCUUUUCUGUAGCCUUGGAUAUUACUCGGGAACAUAUAGAAAUAAUUUACUAAGUACUUCAUGAAAUAUAAGUAGAAAGCUUUGAACUAGAUAAGAUACAGUCUGUACCUAUUAAAGACAACUUGCUGGAAAGCUGAUUUAUGGAACUGUGUAUUGUUUUGUGGCUACCACCUGUGCUUAGGUGGCCUUUAUAUGUUUCAAACUGUUGACCACAACUUAAUUUUACAUUAUUGUUGUGUUCAGGGUUUACUUUCAAAGACUUAGGAAACAUUAGGGAAUGUUGGUCUCCUGUAUGCCAGGUUAAUUUGGUCCUUUGUGGGUUUUGUAGUGUGUAAACAAACUUCAAGCCCUAAUCUGGUACAAAAGUUUGGCAUUAGAGACCUCUUGUUCAAAAACCUCCUGCCUUCUUAAGGAAAAUGGAAGAAUUUGCAAAAGAUAGGUGGUCUGUGCUGGUCUAUGACCAUAAUAAAAUUUGGUUUGGUUUGAUCAGUGGAAAUAAUAGCUGGUCAAGACUGGGCUCCAGAAAGCAUUCUUUGGUCUUCAUGUCUUCAAUGCCUUGUCAUUUGUAUACAUGAAAUAAUAAAACAAUAUUCUCUUUUAUAUAUAUACACAUAUUUCUAUAUUUUAUACAUAGCUUUGUUUACACAAUAUUAAUGUUUAAAGCAUUUAUAAAGUUAGCUCAUAACUAAAUGGUUUGAAAAAGAAUGUGUAUAUCAGCAUCUCCUGUAUUGUUCACACUCGCCUGACCCACUGCUUCUUACAAGAAACAGGUUACCGCAUUUGGGUUAUUCUCUUGCUGGAAUCUAUCCAGAGACAUUCUGAAUAGGCCCCAGUUCACUUGACCCAAAUGUGAAUACUAUAUCUCCUUCUGGUGCUGAUUUUUCUGAACAUGCAGCUUUUCUUCUCAGUUUUCUUCUGUAAUUAUUGAUAAUCUCCAGAUUAUCAGUGCAGUGUUACCUAAAAUACUUUCAUAUGCUGCUUGUCUCUUUCAUCAUAUGUUGUGUGUUCAGUACUUUAUUUGUAAUGCAUAGCUUUGUGUAAUAAACAGGGUUUGGGAAUA